CAACAGCUGUAAGUCUAAACUUGCAGCCCCGCAGUUGUGCAGCAACUCAAAGUGAGUGGGGGGAAGAGGACUUAUAACCAGGACAGAGCGGUCUGGCCCCUUCCCCUUCCAACCAGAGGCACAGAUCUUCAACACGGGGAGAGGAGACACUAUUCUCAGGCGGAGAGAGACUUUGUGGGAAUCUUGCUGCAGUCACUGAGGAAAGAAGCCCCCCGGGGACACAGACCAGUGUGUUCACACUACACCUUUUUUUUCUUCCUUUUCUUCAUAUCAGAUCGAAGAAGAUUCACUGAGCCGAAAUCUCCCCACCUGGAAACAUGCACAAGCGCACAAAGAUAAAGAUUGCAAUCUUCGUGCUAAUAGUGGGCAUGGCAUGCAUGUUCACCGCGGUGGUAACGGACCACUGGGCCGUGCUCAGCCCGCCGGUGGAUAAAGUCAAUCAGACCUGCGAGGCGGCCCACUUCGGCCUGUGGAGGCUGUGCAAGAAGCAAAUCUACAUCAGCUCGGAGCACUACUUGAAGGGGCACGGCUGCGGCCCCAUCAGCCUGCCUGGAGUGGAAAACUGCACUUACUUCAGACACUUCACUCCAGGGCUGGAUACCGAGAUAUUUGAAUACAAAACACAAAAAGAGUACAACAUCUCGGCCGCAGCCAUCUCCAUCUUCAGUAUAGCCUUCAUGAUCCUGGGCUCUCUGUGCUUGGUGGGAUCCUAUACCGGUAAAGGCAAAGGAAGAGACUACCUCCUCAAACCUGCCGGCAUGUUCUUUGCAUUCGCAGGUAUCUGUGCCUUCAUCUCCCUGGAAGUGAUGCGCCAGUCGGUGAAACGCAUGAUCGAGAGCGAGGAGACCAUCUGGAUCGAGUACUACUACGCCUGGUCCUUCGCUUGUGCCUGCACCGGCUUCAUCCUCCUCUUCCUCACCGGCAUCGCCCUCCUGCUCCUCUCCAUGCCCCAGAUGCCCAGGAACCCGUGGGAGACCUGCAUGGACGCCGAGCCGGAUCAAGUGGAGUGACCGCCAAGGGGCGGGCGAGACGAAUGCAGGAUAGAGCGGUUGUGUCUCUCUCUUUUUUUUUUUGAGGACAGAUUUGAGUAAAGAUUCACUUCAAGAACGAGAGCUGGAAAUAAAAGAGCAACGGCGAGAUGACGGGGACUGGCUUGGCCGUGGACGGACCACCAGAGCUCAAAUCUGACCUCAGUCCUAGAAACAACUGACUUCUCAGUGACGGCUCUCCUACUUCUGUUUCCCUCUUGGCUGAAACUCUUUCACUGCCGGCACAUUUAUAAAAAGAAAUGUUCAAAAUCUUUUUACAAGGGUCACUCGUAUGCGACAGGGUCUGGUUUAGUCUCCCAAAACAUGUUGGAGGGUUACUGUAGAUUCUUUCACAUUUUGAGAUUAUAGUUUAUCCAGUUCUGGCCUGUCAUCUACAGCAGUGAGUUUUUUUGAUUUGAUGUACUGCAUUAUGCCAUCUUGUACAUAUCUAUUGAUCAUCUGUGGAAUUGUGAAACUGUUAAAUUGGAAUUUACUUAAAUAUCGAAUAAGUAAGAGAA